CCUCUGUUCGAGAUAAACAAAAGUGCCCCGCCCACAUGUGAUUAUCCAAAGUUUCUAAAUUUGCAACGAAAAUAAUGCGACGCCGGACACCUGCUGGUGAGACCAGAUGUGCAUCAAAGUCCGAAGAUGGGGAUGAUAAAACAAAAAAGGAUUUUGCAACCUGCAGAAGUCAGCCGUCCUCUUCGCUUUUUGCUGUGGCAGCUUCUGUUAUUUUCCUCGGCUCAACCAUGGUUGCUGUCAACAUUUAUGAAUUAAGGAGUUUGCACAAUGAGCAAAUGAACGUGUUGCUCAAGGUCAGAAGAGAUUUGCAAACUCCUCCAGACUGUCAUGUUGCGGAUCAAAUUAGCCAUGAUAGCGGGGAGAAACCCACCCUCCUUGUCUGGAGUCCCAGAAUGGAUCUGAAGCAUUUGAAGCACGUUUACAAUGUUUUUGAGCGUCUCGGCUACCAAACCACAGAGGACAACAGCUCGGACUGGGAUGUCUUGUGGGCGCACGAUUACCCUUUCCAAGCUCUGCAAAGUUCGUUGAAAAAUUUGAGGCCAAACCAAAGGGUCAACAAACUGCCAGGAACAGGAUUUGUAACAACGAAAGUGAGUCUGGCCACUUCUGGCGGCCUCAAAAUUCCUCCUGCCUUCAGACUGCCCGACGACAAAGACAAGUUUCUUCAAUAUGCAAAACAGAAUCCACAUUCUAUGUUUGUGGAAAAAAACAACGACCACCGAUCCGUCAUUCUGAAGCCAACCAAAGAAAUCAAUCUUGAAUCGAAAGAAAAUUUUGUGCAAGAGUUCAUAACAAAUCCGUUGUUAAUCAGUGGCCACAAAUUUGACAUCGGGGUCUACACAAUCAUCACCUCCAUUGACCCGUUGAGAAUUUACAAAUUCGAUGGUGAUGUUCUCUUUCGAUACUGCGAAGAACCUUACGAACCCUUCAAUGCAUCAAAUGUAGCUCAGUAUGUGAUAGGAGAAGACUAUCUUCCAGCCUGGAAGGUUCCUGCCUUGCAGAAAUACGCGGGGCUCUCUUUUGGUUUUAAAGAAUCGUUUGACGCCUACUUGAGCUCAAUAGGAAAAAAUCCUGAUGUGAUUUGGAAUCAGGUGGACAAAGCUAUUGCUUCGGUUUACCUGUCAAGAGAAAAGGAUUUUGCAAAUUUACUCUCCCGCUACAAAAACAGAAGAAACUUUUUUGAAAUGGUGCGUUUUGAUUUCAUUGUCGAUGAAAACUUGAAGGUUCAUCUUUUGGAGGCUAAUAUGUCGCCAAACCUCUCGUCGAUGCACUACCCACCCAAUGCCCUGCUUUACGAGCAAGUGCUGCACAGUUUGCUUGCUCUUGUCGGAGUCUCCAGCUACAUGCAUCCACCUUAUCAAAAUUCCAACGAAGCCAAGAAUAUGGCAGUGGCCGAUCGAAACAUAAUGACCACCCCGGAGGUCUGUCUCAAUUGUGAAGACUGCGGCAAUCUUGAGUGCCAACUUUGUGCUCACUGCCUGAGCAAAGAUGUGGUGGCAGACAUAAAAAUGGCUUACAGGGAGCACCUAAACAAGUACAGUUGCAAACGAAUUUUUCCGCCAAAAAUGACUAGACAGGAAGCAAAAUUAGGAAUUCCCAAGGAGUAUGAAGGCCUGUCGCACAAAAACACACUGCUUUUUAAGUGGUUCCAGGGCAAGUGUCUUAUGGAUGAUUCGUGGUGUUAACUUUUCUUAGUUUUCUUUUCUCCUGCAUUUGCUGAUACUCUCCGUGAUCUGAUUUUAUUCAUUUGCUCAACGAUCAAAUUUUAACUUACAUUCCAUUCUACUGUGGCAAACAACUUAAUUUAGCAUUUAAUGGAGCUGAUUAUAUUCAGCAAAAUGUGGGCAACAAAGUAUUAUUUUUUUUAUCAAUAAUGCACAAAGUUUUUAUCUGUGAAUUCUAUCAAGUAAUGAGUUUACUGAAAAAAUUGAGCAAUUAUUGAUCGUUUCGGUUAUUUAUAACUGUUAGACCUUAUACAUCAAAUGAGAUUUAUAAUAUUACAAAAAUAAAUUGACCAAAUGGAAAACUGAAGUGAUAAGUAGUAUUUGUGUACAAAAUUCAACUAAAACUACACAUUUUAUUCCAUUUUAGCUGGCCAGUUUUUGCUACUUUAAAUCGCUCUUGGAUACUCGGAGGUUGAUAUCUGUGCUGAACAAAGUGCCUCUGUUUUUUUCAGCAGAUUACUGAGACAGUUAGGUUGAAAUAUUUAAGGGAAGAAUUCACAUAUGUCGUCGGCACUAUAUAGAUCAAG